UCUCCGCAACUUUAUACCAUACCUAACCUAACCCUAAAAAUGUUGUGUUUCGGUGUUGAUUCGCUAUUUAUUCCGUUCGUUGUCAACAGAUCCUGUUUCAUAUAUUUUUAGACGGUCUUUUAUCGUUUGAAUUAAUUAAUUCCCAUCGGCACAAUUUGUUUGGACUCAUUUUUUGUAUAUAUAAGGACCGGCUGACAUUUUUGCAAGUAUAUACGUUUGUGUAACUGUUCUUAUUGGUUGUGAGUGAAUAAGUUUCUUGUGACUUUAAAUAUGAAAUUCAACGCGGCACUAAUCUUCGCAGCUGUGAUCGGCCUAGCAACGGCUGCUCCAAAACCCUGCCUGCGCUGCUCUUACGGACGGGGCCACUCCAUCGUCUCCUCUCCAGUCUACUCCUCUUCUGUCAUCUCCUCUCCUGUUUACUCUUCUUACUCGCACGCUGCACCGGUGUACACUGCUCCUCUAGUCCAUGAGACUGUGGCAGCUCCCAUCGUUUCUCAUGCUACUCCUAGAGUGCUCAACUCUUACACGACGUACUCAGUGGGCACUCCGCAGUACAUCCCUGAGAAGACAACUGUAAUCAAGACGACAGUACAGAAGAAUAUCGUGAAAGUUCCUGUUGAGUACACUUACGAGUAUGAACAACCAAGCCACACCGCAGAAGUCUACCACCACGCCCCGGUUUCUACCAAUUACGUCAGCAGUCCAGCCAUUUCUACCAACUACAUUAGUCCUGCUGCGUCAUACGUCAGCGGUCCCUCCAUUUCUACUGAUUACGUCAGUCCUGCUGCGUCGUACGUCAGCAGCCCAGCUGUGUACAGCGCACCAGCAUCUUACAGCAAAUCCUACAGCGCAUCCCACUCCCAUUCCCAUGUGCACGCGCACGAAAACUACGUCGGUGGAUCAUGGAAGUAAACUAGUGUGUAACAAG